CCCUGUCUGUCAUCGGCCCACAUCGUUUCCAAACAAAUUUCCUUCAAAUUUCUCCAUUCGAACAAUUUCAUUUCAAUCCAAUCCCAUCCCAUUUCACUCCUUUGUUUCUGUUCUUCAAUUUGUGAAUCGCAUUUAUAUAUGUUCGAAUCAAAACAUAUUGAAAACCAAAUCUCAGCUGUUGAUUGCAGUAGCGUUAAUGGCGAUGGCGACGAGAAUCGUAAAAGAAUCGCGACGGCCGAAAUCAGGCGCGAUGAUGAUGAUGACGACGACGACGACGACGACGACGAUGACGAUGGAAAAACGGAGAUCGGUAAAAAAGGCUUUGGAAAAGCGAAACAGGUGAUGUUCUAUCCAUUUCGAAAGGCGAAGAAACAGAUUCUUCGGUGUAGGAUUAAGAGGACCUCUUCUUGUUCUUCUUCGAUUUUUAGUAUUACAAGAACAAAUUCUUGGGAUAAGAGUGUUUAUGAUGCGAGUGUAAAUCAAGGCUGUGGUUUCUGUUUUGCGAAACAUUCAAUUUCAGAUUCUAAGAAUGGAUCUCCGACUGAUCCGAAUCAUCCGAAGUUCACUGAUGAAAUGUUGAAAGUUCUUAUUGAAAAGAAUGAUUUCUAUUCCAAAGAAUCCAAUCCUCAUUUGGAUUUUCAAGUGGACACUAAACAGGAAGAAGACAUCCAAUUGGGGUUUGCUUGUUGAGAUUGAAAGUUGCUUGAAGCUGCACUUUGUGUCUGUCUAACUGAUGUUAAGGUGUGGAAGAUGGUCUUUGUUCAUUGUUUGAUGAUAACUUGGAUUGGAGGUCCCUCCAAAUGAUCCCUCUUCCCAAGCCAUUGUUAUGGAGGCAGGACCUUGUUUGAGCCUCUCUGAGUCGAGUUCGUCGUCCUGCUUUCGUUCUCCGUUCACCGAGGAAGACCCCGUUCAAUAUGGAGCUGAAACCGAGAUUAUUUUGAUGACUAGAGUUUCUGGUUUUGAUUGUUGGUUCUUCAGUCUGGAGGGUUUUGGCUAUGGUUUCCUCUUUGAUGGUAGCGGCCAUGGCUUUGCUU